UGUAAUAAAACGUGUAUAUUUUUUAUUCCAAGGAAUUUUAUGUAAAAAAUUAAAAAAGAAAGUAAAUAAAAACUAAGAAAAUUUAGUUGAAUUGUUCUAUUGAACAAUUAUUCUUCACAUUUUUAUUUUUGUGCUUCUUCUUACCAACAAAGCGAAAGUCUGGCAGACGCUUCUUUUGCUUUUGUGAAAAACAUAUUUUUAACAAUUAAAAACUGAAAUUAAUUCAAUAAAUUUGUGGUAAACACUUAAACCAAACCAGCAAAAUGUCGAAAGAGGAAACUAAGGCAGAAGAUCUGGAAGCUAAUGAGGAAAAUUCGAAUGAGACCAAUUCGGAAACAACUUCCUCUUCGGGAGAAAAGGAGGUAGAAUUUGACAAUAAAAUGCAGGCAGAUCGUACCAAGCGGUUUGAUUUCUUGCUCAAACAAACGGAAAUUUUUACUCAUUUCAUGAGUAACAGCACCAAGAGUCCCACGAAACCCAAGGGUAGACCUAAGAAGAUCAAGGAUAAGGAGACAAAAGAGAAAGAAAAAGAUAAAGACAAGGAUAAAGAUUCAGGCGGCAAUGCAGAUCAUCGUCAUCGUAAAACAGAACAGGAGGAAGAUGAGGAACUCUUGGCCGAAGAUACUCAAAAUAAGGAAAUCUUUCGCUUUGAAAGUUCUCCAACUUAUAUCAAGAAUGGAGAAAUGCGUGAUUAUCAAAUAAGAGGCUUAAAUUGGAUGAUUUCGUUACAUGAGAAUGGUAUAAAUGGUAUUCUGGCCGAUGAGAUGGGUCUGGGUAAAACUCUACAGACCAUUUCUCUGUUGGGUUAUCUCAAGCAUUUCAAUAAUUCUGCUGGACCACAUAUUGUUAUUGUUCCCAAAUCGACCCUACAAAAUUGGCUCAAUGAAUUUGAAAAAUGGUGUCCCUCCUUGAGAGCAGUUUGUUUGAUUGGCGACCAAGAUGCUCGUAACACCUUCAUUCGUGAUGUUCUCUUGCCCGGCGAUUGGGACGUUUGUGUUACCUCCUAUGAGAUGUGUAUACGUGAAAAGUCGGUCUUUAAGAAGUUCAAUUGGCGUUACAUGGUCAUCGAUGAGGCGCAUCGUAUAAAAAAUGAAAAAUCAAAAUUGUCGGAAAUUUUACGUGAAUUCAAAACAUCAAAUCGUUUGUUGAUCACCGGUACUCCAUUGCAAAAUAAUUUGCACGAACUGUGGGCUCUAUUGAAUUUCUUGUUGCCUGACGUUUUCAAUUCUUCGGAAGAUUUCGAUGAAUGGUUCAAUACGAACACCUGUUUGGGCGAUGAUGCUCUUAUACAGAGAUUACAUGCUGUCUUGAAGCCAUUCUUGUUGAGACGUCUCAAGUCGGAGGUGGAAAAGCGUUUGAAACCGAAAAAGGAAAUUAAGAUCUUCGUGGGUCUCUCUAAGAUGCAGCGUGAAUGGUACACAAAAGUUCUGAUGAAAGACAUUGACAUUGUCAAUGGAGCAGGCAAAGUGGAGAAGAUGCGUUUGCAAAACAUUCUUAUGCAGUUGCGUAAAUGUACCAAUCAUCCCUAUUUGUUUGAUGGCGCCGAGCCUGGUCCUCCCUAUACCACCGACACACAUUUGGUGUUUAAUUCCGGAAAAUUGGUUAUUUUGGAUAAGUUGUUGCCAAAGUUGCAGGAGCAAGGUUCCAGAGUUUUGAUCUUCUCUCAGAUGACCAGAAUGUUGGAUAUUUUGGAGGAUUAUUGUUUGUGGCGUUCUUACCAGUACUGCCGUUUGGAUGGUCAAACUCCUCAUGAGGAUCGUAACAGACAAAUUCAGGAAUUCAAUAUGGACAAUAGUUCGAAAUUUGUUUUCAUGUUGUCAACCAGAGCUGGUGGUUUGGGUAUCAAUUUGGCUACGGCCGAUGUUGUCAUUAUUUAUGACUCCGAUUGGAAUCCCCAGAUGGAUUUGCAGGCUAUGGAUCGUGCCCAUCGUAUUGGUCAAAAGAAACAAGUGCGUGUUUUCCGUUUCAUUACCGAAAACACGGUGGAGGAAAAGAUUGUCGAAAGAGCAGAGGUCAAAUUGAGGCUUGACAAGUUGGUCAUCCAACAGGGACGCUUGGCUUCCAAUACGGGCAAUCAAUUGAACAAAGACGAAAUGUUGAAUAUUAUUCGUUUUGGUGCCAAUCAUGUAUUUGCCUCUAAAGAUUCCGAGCUAACCGACGAAGAUAUUGAUACUAUUCUAGAGAGAGGAGAAGCGAAGACGGCCGAAGAAAAGGCAAAACUCGAUACAAUGGGCGAGAGUUCUUUGCGUACAUUCACUAUGGACACACCCAACAACGAAGGAGCUCCCUCGUCUGUUUAUCAAUUUGAGGGAGAAGAUUAUCGUGAGAAACAAAAAAUGAAUGCUUUGGGCAAUUGGAUUGAACCGCCCAAGAGAGAACGUAAAGCCAAUUAUGCUGUUGAUGCCUACUUCCGCGAGGCUCUGCGUGUCUCGGAACCAAAAGCACCUAAGGCUCCUCGACCACCCAAACAGCCAAUUGUACAAGAUUUCCAGUUCUUCCCUCCGCGAUUAUUUGAGAUACUCGAUCAGGAAAUAUAUUACUUCCGCAAAACGGUGGGCUACAAAGUUCCCAAAAACCCUGAACUAGGCUCGGAAGCCUCCAAGGUGCAACGUGAAGAACAGCGUAAAAUUGACGAGGCUGAACCGUUGUCAGAGGAAGAGUUGGCCGAAAAGGAAUCAUUACUGACACAAGGUUUUACCAAUUGGACGAAACGUGAUUUCAAUCAGUUCAUCAAAGCUAACGAGAAAUAUGGUCGCGAUGACAUCGAAAACAUUGCCAAAGAUGUUGAGGGCAAAGCACCGGAAGAAGUUAUUGAAUAUAAUGCAGUAUUUUGGGAAAGAUGCCAUGAAUUGCAGGACAUUGAACGUAUAAUGGGACAAAUUGAAAGGGGAGAAGCGAAAAUUCAACGACGUUUAUCUAUUAAGAAAGCCUUGGAUCAAAAGAUGUGCCGCUAUAGAGCUCCAUUCCAUCAGUUGCGUUUACAGUAUGGCAACAAUAAGGGUAAAAAUUACACUGAAAUUGAAGACAGAUUUUUAGUCUGCAUGUUGCAUAAACUGGGCUUUGAUAAAGAAAAUGUUUACGAGGAAUUACGGGCAGCUAUAAGAGCAUCUCCCCAAUUCCGUUUUGAUUGGUUUAUUAAAUCCCGUACCGCCUUGGAAUUACAAAGACGUUGUAACACUUUAAUCACACUGAUCGAAAGAGAGAAUCUCGAAUUGGAAGAAAAAGAACGCCAAGAGAAGAAGAAAAAGGCGGCCAAGAAUUCCAAUACACCGGCAACUACACCACAAGCUAAGACUAAUCAAAAGCGUAAAUCCGAAGUGGUUACAAGUGAGAAAAAUGCCAAGAAAAAGAAAAAAUAAAUUUAAAAAUUUACACAAUACAUACAUACUGACAAACAUACAUAUUUUUAUAAGUUAUCAAUUAUUAGAGUAUAUAAUGAGAUUAAUUUUAUUUUAAUUUCUGUAAGUUUUAAAUUAAAAAAAAAAUAUAUAAAAAACAAAUACAUAAAUACUUAAUGAAGAUGAAAACAACAUUUCCUUAAUAAUAAAAUAUAUGAAAACACAGCGACAGACAAACAUUUCAACACAAAUUAAACACUUCAUAACAUUGCAAAUGAAUGGAAAAUAUUUUCAAUAGUUUUUAAUUAACAUCUAAUCUACGCACACAUAAACUUUAUUUCAAUUUACAUAUUUAUUUCCUGAAAGUAUUUUUUCUGUUUCAUUAAGUUUUUAAACUUUUGAAAUCCUAUAUUUUUAACAAUUGCUUAUUAAACAAAUAACACUUAAUACAUUUAACGCAUGUUUAAAAAAAAAACAAUUUUUAAAAAUAUAUUUUUAUUGCAUUGUAUUCAAACAACUAAAAAAAUUAAAGUUUUUUAUUUACAAUGUUUUCUAUUAAUGGGAGUUAUUAAAAAUAAAACUUAAUAGGGGUUUUUAAAUGAUAUUUUUGUUUUUUGAUUAUUUUACUUGUGUAAAUUUAUUGAAAUAUAUGAUUAAUAACAAUAAAUAAAUCUAAA